UCUUUUUACUACAAAUAUUCUAAAAAUCCACGUGUCAACGAUCCAUCACUCUGUAAGUGAACUUUGCAACUUCACAUCAGCAUCUCGGCGGCGCCUGAGGAAGUCCACAGCCAAAUUACGGCUUUCUCACUUUACCUCUCCGGUGUUCUGGGUCGUUUCCAAAUGGGGAAGUUUUGGGGUGUAUUGUGGGAUGCUAUGGAGGCUUACAAGAAAUGGGUUAGGGACAACCAAGACUUUGUCCACUCAUUGGAGUCCCUGGCCAAUGAAUUCACGUGGCUUCUACCUGGACGGUUUUCUGAAUCGGAGAUAGGACCAGAAGCAGUAACUACUCUCCUGGGAAUAAUAACCGCUAUCAAUGAACAUAUAAUCAACAUAGAACCUCCUUCAGUGCAUGAUGGCGCUGCCGAGGGUUAUUCUUUUCCGUAUGCAUUGUGUAUAUCUGCACUAAGGUAUUUGGAAACGUUGGUUGAAGUAGUAGCUCAAGAGUAUCUUGGUGAUGAGAAGAAAUGGAAUUUCAUUGCUGUUAUGGAGGCUAUGAAUGCGCUGGCUAGGUUAGCUUUGUUCCGGAACAGUGGAUAUAAGAUGCUUCUGCAUGGAGGAGAGACACUAAAUGAUGAAACCGAUUUGGAAGCUUCAACUCCUCAAAGUAAAAUUGGCGGAUUUAUGAGGCCUGGAGAGCAGCUUGGGCCUGGUUACUUAAGCAAUAAUAAUCAUCGACAGGGCGCAUUGAAUUCAGAAGGAAGAGCAUUAUCUGCAUUGAGUGGGUUUGGAGAAAAUCCUAGGAUGGUUUCAGAACCAGUGUGGUUGCAAAGGGUUCAACACCAGCACACGAUUAUGGAGCCUCCAACUCCAGUGGUUGAGAGGUUAACCCUGUCCACAUUAUGGUCUGAAAAAGAUCUUCAUGGGGCGUUUUACGUUUUUGGGGAAGUGCUAUUUAUAACAAGGCCACUGAUCUAUGUUUUAUUUAUUCGAAAAUGUGGAAUUCGCUCAUGGAUUCCUUGGCUUCUUUCUCUGGCUAUGGACUUCACUGGGAUGCGCAUUCUUACCCGAAUUACUUCAUCCAGGGGUGGUACAAAAGCGCCACAGUUUCUUCUCUCUGUCUCUGAAAAGGAUGAGGUUAGAAGACGAAAGCUGUUAUGGGCACUUUACGCGAUGAGAGAUCCAUUUUAUACCAGGUAAGAUUCAUAAGUAGCCAAGAAGAAAGCAAAAGUGGAGCAAAAACCUCAAGCUUCUUCUCUAACAAGUACAGUUUCUUUAGUCAGCGUUUGUAAGAAGGGUCGUUGGGUUGUCGUCAUUUGGAGCCCAUCAGUGGUGCCAUGAUUGGACGCUUGCAGUUAACUUUGAGUCAUCUCGCUUACAAGUGGAAAAAAAUAUUAUUAGACUGAUACACUAGUAGCAUAUUUAACCGUGCGGUUAUAGGCGUUUGCAUAGUUUUACAUGGAACUCUCUCUUCUUUUUUAUAAUCUCCUCACAUUUAUUAAUCCGAUUUUCAUCCUUCCAAUUCCAUAUUGAAUACCACCUUAAUGAAUAC